GCCGCGCCAGCCUCAGCCGCGACCUCCGCACGCCCCACAAUAACACGGCACCUGUGACGUGAUAAAUAAUAUCGAUAUUCGUUUCUAAUCCAGUGAUAGACGCAUCCGAGCUAAAGGUGUUAGAAAAAUUGAGUUCAGUUGGGUGAAAACAAACAGCACAGUGAUUAGCGCAGGCGCGCCGCACGCGGACAUGACGAGGGCGGCCAUCUUGGUCGUGGAUACACUUUCGCCUCGCCCCAGCGUCGCAGCCUGAGCCGCGAGCCCCGAGCCGUCGGGAUCAUGCAUCGCCACCGGCGGGCCGCGCCGGCCGCGCUGUGAGCGCCGCGUCGCUAUCGAUCGUCGGGCGCGAUGGCGCUCGCGGAGUGAAUGCGGACAUCGGGACCGCGCCGCAGAGUCCGCGAGCCCGAGGGGAUCCUCCCGGGAGAGAGAUCGGGGGCGUCCCGGGAUGUGAGUCGCGCGGGGCGGGCAGCAGCGCGCGGGAGGCGGCGGCCGGCGGCGCGCCAUGGGCGAGGAGUACCCGCGCUCCCCGUGCGAGCGCUUCCCCACGGUGGGCGCCUUCAGCGUGGCGCCGCCGGAGCGGCUGAGCCCGCCGCCGCCCGCGCCGCUGCCGGACCGGUUCUCGGCGUCGCCGCGGCGGGUGCGGCGCAGCGCGGAGGCGGAGCGCGCGCGCCGGCCGCGCUACGUGCCGCCGGCGGCUCACGUGCCUGUGGAGCGGUACGUGCCGCGGCCGCCGGCGCCGGUGCGGCCGCCGCCGGUGUACUGCGGGCUGGCGUGCCGGCCGCCGCCGCCGCAGCGCAAGUGCUGUGGGCCGGCGUGCCGGGAGGACCUGGCGGGGUCGCCGACGCCAUCGCGCUACGCGGAGUACGUGGGCGCGGCGCGGCGGCUGGCCUGCACGCCGCCGCCGCCGCCGCCGCCGGCGCUGCAGCUGCCCAUAGAGCCGCAGGAGCCGCCGUGUUGUGUUCAGGCCCGCAGGAGACCGCAGCCUCCGCAUGAUUGGUGA